UAUUAUUAUUAUUUUACAGUAUAUCAGAAGAAUAAGAAUCCAGCUUCAGAAUUUUUAUGGGUACAGAAAUUGACAGGAAAUGCACGUAACUUAAGUACCAACACCAGUGAAGAAGUACAAGAUAACACUGAUCCUUUAGUAGAUUUAGAAAGCCCAGUGUUAGUUGUAACAAGACGCAGCAUCGCUUCUGGUAAGCCACCGCCAGUAGCUGCCAGAGAAUCGGCUGUACGAUAUCAGAUGGCAUGCAAAGAAGAUGAUUAUACGUACAGUAAAACAUUUCGUAUAUUUAUUGGUACCUGGAAUGUGAAUGGUCAACCGCCGAAUGGUAUUGGACUACAUGAAUGGUUGAGUUAUGACAAGACACCUCCUGACGUAUAUGCCAUUGGAUUUCAAGAAUUAGAUUUAACUAAAGAAGCAUUUCUUUUCAAUGAUACUCCAAGAGAAGAAGAGUGGAGACAAGUUGUAGCGAGAUCUCUUCACCCAGAUGGUGUAUACGAACAAGUAGCAAUUGUUAGAUUAGUCGGUAUGAUGUUACUUAUAUAUGCACUGCAGAAUCAUAUACCAUACAUAAAAGACGUGUCAGUUGAUACAGUGGGUACUGGUAUCAUGGGUAAAAUGGGUAACAAAGGAGGCGUAGCAGUGAGCUGUUCCAUUCACAAUACAUCUAUUUGUUUCGUUAAUGCUCAUUUAGCAGCGCACUGUGAAGAAUAUGAAAGGCGGAAUCAAGAUUACGCGGAUAUAUGUGCGCGUUUAUCUUUUGCAAAAUACGUACCACCGAAAAAUUUCAAAGAUCAUGACCAGAUCUAUUGGCUAGGAGACCUCAACUAUAGGAUAACAGAAAUGGACGUUGCAGCUGCUAAGGGGCACAUAGAAGCAGGGAAAUAUGCUCCUGUUUUAGCGUUAGAUCAAUUGGGCCAACAACGACGAUUAGGCAGAGUAUUUCAAGGAUUCCAAGAAGCAGAAAUCAAAUUUAAGCCGACUUAUAAAUAUGAUCCGGGCACUGAUAAUUGGGACUCAAGCGAGAAAGGCAGAGCGCCAGCAUGGUGUGAUCGUAUACUAUGGAAAGGGGAAGCAAUUACAUCGAUCGAUUAUCGAAGUCAUUCUGAAUUAAAGAUUUCGGACCACAAACCAGUCAGUGCAGUUUUUGAUUCUCAGAUCAGAAUCAUAGAUAUGGCAAAGUACCGUAAAAUACACGAAGAAGUUAUGAAGAAACUAGACAAACUGGAAAACGAAUUCUUACCGCAAGUAAUGGUUGAUACUACGGAAAUCAUCUUUGAUACAUUGAAGUUUUUUGAGCCUAGCAGCAAAGAGCUUAUCAUUGCUAACACUGGCCAAGUACCAGUACAAUUCGAGUUCAUAAAAAAAUUAGGCGAUACUACUUACUGUAAAGAUUGGUUAGAUAUUGAACCGUAUAAAGGUUUUAUAAAACCAGGAGAGAAGUGUGAUACUCGAUUUGAAAUAUAUGUUGACAAAAGAUCCGCUUGCAAAUUGAACUCUGGAGAAGAUAAACUGUACGAUAUUUUAAUCCUACAUCUUGAAGGUGGAAAAGAUAUAUUUAUAACUGUCACAGGUACUUACGAAAGAAGUUGUUUCGGAUCGUCGAUAGAAGCUUUGGUUCACAUUCCAAUACCAAUUAGAGAAAUACCUAUUGGUAGAUUGAUGGAACUCGAGAAUAACAAGAAUCUUUCUCAAGAACCAUAUGCGAUACCCAAAGAGAUAUGGCUGUUAGUUGAUAGACUAUACCGACAUGGUAUAAAAACGACGGGGCUUUUUGAGACGCCAGGACUUCACAGUGAGAUUAUAGCUAUAAGAGAUUGGUUAGACAAUUGGAGCCAAGAACCAAUGCCUGGUAGCGUACACUCAGUCGCAGAAGCCUUACUUCUACUUUUAGAAUCCACAGCCGAACCUUUAAUUCCGUAUAAUCUGCAUAGCGUGUGCUUGUCCACAGCAACAAAUUACUUACCGUGUAAACAGAUUGUAAUGCAGCUACCAGAAAUAAGAAGAACAGUAUUCGUUUAUAUAUGCUAUUUUUUACAAGAAUUAUUAAAUCAUACUCAAGACAACGAACUAGAUGCAAAAACUCUUGCAACGAUAUUUGGAUCAAUUUUCUUAAGAGACCCGCCGAGAAGUAGAGGUGAAAAAAAUGAAGGAAGUCGAUCCCAAAUUACGCAAGCGACGAUUGAUCGAAAGAAAGCUGCGUUCGUUUAUCAUUUUUUAGUGAACGAUCAAAGUGACUUCAUUCUCAGUCGAUAGUAACAUUUAAAAUGAAAAUAGUUUUACAUCAAACGUCGACUCAGUUUAUGUUAGCUUCGAACGAAACGCUAAGAUUUACUGUUUUAUUUAAUUAAAUAA